AUCGUCCUGAGAGCAAGAUCAGUCACUCGGUGCAUGAAAUAAGACACGGCUGUUCGGGACAACUAAAGAAGGGUUUUAUUUAAAUCUUGAAUAGCAGUACGAGACUUGAUCGUGUCUGUCGAGGAGUACACAUUCCACAUAGCUGAUGGUGGGCAAGAUGGGCGGCGACGGCGUGACGCACAUCAACAGCUCGGCAGGAAGCGGCGAGGCCUCCUCGCUCUACUUCGCCGGACAGAAGCGGGCCGGAGAGGACGCAGGUAAUCAGCUGGCAGCUGUGGGGCACCAACGGGUGAUGACAGAAGAUUACAAAGUUCCUGACAGGAUGGUGGGCUUCAUCAUUGGCAGAGGCGGAGAACAAAUCACCAGGAUCCAGUUAGAAUCAGGAUGUAAGAUCCAGAUUGCGGCUGACAGUGGAGGUCUGAUGGAGCGCCCGUGUUCCCUGACUGGGACUCCAGAGAAUAUCGAACAGGCAAAGCGGCUACUGGUCCAGAUCGUGGAGCGGUGUAGAAACGGUCCCAGUUUCCAUGGUGACGGGGAGGGCGGGGCCUUGGUGCAGGAGAUGUUGAUCCCAGCCAGCAAGGUUGGACUGGUGAUUGGUCGAGGAGGAGAAACCAUCAAACAGCUGCAGGAGCGUGCAGGAGUCAAGAUGAUGAUGAUCCAGGACGGACCGAUGCCAACGGGAGCUGACAAACCUCUCCGCAUCUCCGGGGACCCGUACAAAGUUCAGGCGGCCAAGGAGCUGGUGUUGGAGGUGAUCCGAGACAAGGACGCAGACUUCCGGUCGGGACGCAGUGACUUCUCUGCCCGGCUGGGAGGAACCAACUUGGACGUCCCCGUUCCCAGGUUUGCGGUCGGCAUCGUCAUUGGUCGCAACGGAGAAAUGAUCAAGAAGAUUCAAAAUGAUGCCGGAGUCCGGAUCCAGUUUAAAGCAGAUGAUGGCAUCAGUCCAGAGCGUGUCGCCAUGGUGAUGGGUCAGCCAGAGCGCUGUCAACAUGCAGUGCACCUCAUCAAUGAGCUCAUCCACACCGCUCAGGUACCGCACACACACACACACACACACACACGCGCACACACACACACACACACAGAGCAUGUGCACACCUUCUUCCUGUGUGUGCACACGCUUCAGGAGCGCGACGGAUUCGGCUCUGCACUGAGGAGUAGCAGAGUCAGAGGUCGUGGGGAUUGGGCGCUGGGAUCACCCGGGCCGCUGCAGGAAGUGACCUACACCAUUCCCGCCGACAAGUGCGGCCUGGUCAUCGGCAAAGGUGGAGAAACCAUCAAGAGCAUCAACCAGCAGUCUGGUGCGCACGUGGAACUGCAGAGGAACCCGCCCCCCUCUACUGACCCGAACACACGCGUCUUCACCAUCAGAGGCUCCGCCCAGCAGAUGGAGCACGCUCGCCAGCUCAUUGACGACAAGAUUGGGGGUUCCGGCAUCAUGAGUAACGGAGGUUUCGGCUUCAGUCCCUUCACUCAGGGCCCCGCCCACCAGAACUGCGGGGGCGCUCAAACCUUCCUGACGGGUGUUUGGGGCAACACGUACCAGACCGGCUGGCAGAACCCAGGACAGCAAGACCCUGGGCAGCAGAGUCAACCUGGCAACGUGAUGAGUGACUACAGUAAAGCAUGGGAGGACUACUACAAGAAACAAUCUCAGUCAUCCCAGCAGAGCUCGCUGCCUGACUACACGGCGGCGCUAGCAGAGUACUACCGCCAACAGCCGUACCUGUGGAACCCCGCCCAGAUCCAGGAUCACUAGACGCCCCUCCCACACCGGUGCUGUCGUCAAGGCAAUCUGCCACUGUCCCAGCGACGCUCCGCCUCCUUCCUUUUGUAGAGCAAGAUUAAGAGAAAACAGGAAGUGGUCUUCUGCUUUUAACCUCCAAAGUCGACGGUGUGUCCCACUUCCUGUUUGGCCUUUUUUUUUUUUUCCUCAACCUGAGCGUGGACACGUUUGAACAAACCUCCUUUGACAUCACGCUAGCAGUCUUGAUGAACUAAUUUGCAUUUAUUUUUUCUUUGAAGCAUGUGUCUUUUUUUUAUUUUGGCUGUUUGGAUGUUGUUGAUGUUUUACCUUGAGAGACAAAGACAUCUUUUUCUACAAAAUGUGCUCAUUUUACUUGUAGACUCGCCAUCUUGGACACGCUUUUUUGCUUCCUCUCUGUGGUCCAACACAACAUAGCACGUUAGCGUAGCAUCGCGCUACCUGUCUGGAUGAGCGCUAAGGAAAUCUUUCAUGCCAGAACUUUAGUGUGUGCUUGCGGUCAUGUGACCAAGGUGUUUUAGUUUGAACAUCCAUCCCUAAUUGACACAAUCGUUGGAUCAAUGAAUUAGCGGCAAAAGCUGGGUUGCCAUCUUGGAAGAACAUUCCUGAUCUUUCCCACUUUCAAGCUGCGUAGCAGUUAGCAUUUGUUCCUCUGCUAGCUAACUCGUUUGUACAUUAGCUAACAUUUUUUAGCUUUAUUCACCAUUAUGUUUUGUAGCUAGCUUUAGCCAAAGGCAGUGUUGUCCUGCUAGUUGCGCUACACACUGCUAACAUAGCAUUGUGUGUGCGUGCGUGUGUGUGUGUUGGACCACAGAGAAAGUGUGCGUGACCAUGGUGAUGAUGAUGAUGUGUUUGGGUUGAGGGGUCUAUUUAAAUGUUUGAAUAUUUCUUUGUUCACUAGCUACUAUGCUAACGCUAAGCGUACAUGUCGACUUCCUGAAGCUCCUCUGUUCUCAAGACUGCUAUGCUAACGCUAGCGCCUCCUGGCCGUGAAGCCGGUUAGCACGGCAACUAUAAGGCCAGGAGACAAAGGAUCGGAGUGGGCGGCAACCCCCGCCUUUCUGGUGUCAAAUCAGGACCGUACACGAGAGCCGUCCACGCCGUCUUAGUUCUUCUGAGCUCCGCCCCCUCGGUCGGAGGGUGUUUUGUUUUUUUUAACGGACGCUGGUCCAGAUGUAACCUGCAGAUGUUUCUAGAAGAUUCUAUUGACUGAUGAAGAUGAUGAUGAGGGCUAAUAAAGCGGCGCCUUCUUUCUGA